AUGAGAUACGACACGUUUGAGUCCUUUGGCUCAACUUUCACUGUCUCGACUCCAUCGCCAUCUCGCACCAACUCAGCUAGUGCCCCCUUGGUUUCGCCGUGGCGCCAUGAAUAUGUGAUGAGUAGAGAGUUUCUGAAGAUCACUUAUAUCAUUGAUGAGAGUCCCUACCAGAAUGGCCAGGAACUCACCGAUGCAGUAAGAGAUUUGGUCAGCAGCAUACAAGUGUUGACCUCCUUGUCCCAUGAAGAUCCAGAGGUGAAAGAGCGGUUAAUCUUCUUUUUCAGAGGCAACAGACUCAACAGCAUAAUUGACCGCAUCAUUUUGCAUGGUCUCAGAAAUGUGCAACAAUUGAGCUUGGUAAACAUUCCAGAUGCCUUGGCCAGCAAAGCCACGUUGAUUCAGCAGAUUUAUACCAUCAACGUGCAUUGCGACUAUGUUGUAAAGCCAAACUUGACUAUGGACUUAUUGGAGUUGGCUAUUGACAAGAGAGACAAGUCUUUGGCUGCAAAUUUACCCUCAACCACGUUUAGGAGCCCUUGGAAGGAUAUCCCGACGGCAAUCUUGACGCAUGCUCCAAUAGCAAAGGAAACACUCUAUUUGAUACGGCUGUAUUUGGAAGAAGAUCGCAACUGUGGGAGAGUAAUUAAGUAUACAAUCGACGAUAUAUGUGUCGUGUUGGGGAACUUGUGCGAAAACCGGAUCGUUAUCGGAGAAGAGCAAAUCCAGGAGUUCAAGUAUGAUGUUGCGGAAAUAAUCCUUACCAUCGUGAGAAACAAGCUCGAGUAUGUCAAUCCAGAGAUUUUUGUAAAUGUUAAACGCAAGUACUCGUUGCUUUACCCGAGUAACUUGCUUCGCAGGGGCGACAUGGCGGAACAGAACUCGGAUUAUUAUCAAUAUGAAUUACCACUGCAGCAGCAGCAGCAGCAGCAGCAGCAAGAACAGCGAGAACAUCAAGAGCGAGAGCGGAGCCUUCUUGUUGCCAGUCUUGAUUCAAUUGGCCGAUUGAAUCCAGGUUUAAGCGGAAGAGAUCAACUGGUUGCCACUGAAGAGGAUGAAAACGCGGAAGAAGAAGAAGAAGAAGAAGAAGAAGAAGACGAGGAAAACGAAGUAGAGGAAGAAGAAGAAGAAAAUGCUGGUGAUGACGAUGAUGAUGAUGAGAACGCGGACUUGGAUGCCGAGGGCUCUGACGAAGUAUUGGGACUGCGGUUCGAACCUCGAAAGCAGACAAAAAAAUGGCCCUUUAAAAUCUUCAAAGGUAAGAAAUUCACAAUGUCUAAAGAUCAAAAAAAGUCCACAAUCUUCAAAGCCAACUUGAAAACUAGCUCCAAGGCCACAACAUCAAUGAAGAGAAAAUCGCGAUGGAAACUCUUGGGUCUCAAAAGCUUUUGA